AUGCGUGUAUCUUCCACGCUACGCAUCGAAUCUUCGAAACUGUUCUGGGCAAGCCCAAGCGCCUCGUUCCUCCUAUCUGCUGACUGGCUAUUGGGAGGUGGCUACGCUGGACGUACUUAUCACGACCUUUCAUUCCUUCGCCACGUACAGAACGUAGAGAUUGAAUGCCACUGUCUGUACGAUGAGCUUUGGCCAGAACACAAGGCGAAUGAUCCGUUCUGCCCUGAAGACGCACGGCAAGAUGUGGUGGAUAUCAUGUGGACUACUUUGAGGAAGACAUGUCCAACGAUUAAGAGCGUGGUGUUCAACCACCAGAAGAUAAUGUCCUCAAUAGAGUUAGAGGGAGCGGGAAAUGUGCCGGAAUGCUUGAAAGCGUUAAUACAAGCUUGUCCGAGGAACAUCGUUGCAGAAGUAUCCACCGUGGAAGAGAGAGAAGGACGUUAUUGGAACAAUGGCACCUACAGCGAUUUCUACAACGUAGAAUGCAGGAGAGCACACUAUCGGCCUCUGCAGGGUGGAGGCUGGGAGGAACUCGUGUCGAAAGCCAAGCAGGACGCAGUGCUGGUGCCUGGACGACGAUUUCGUGGAAUAGUCGGGCAGUUUGAGAAAAGUUACUUCCUUUUUAGGAGAAGGGUCCUCCAGGAACGUGCAUUCUGGCCCCUUGUUAUCGAAGCUUUGGAUCGAUACCACUUCGAUGAUGGAAGGAAUAAUGCUUUCCAGUGUCCAAACGUAGACUGUGGUUCAGUAUUUACGAAACCAGGUGAAUGGACAAUACAUGCAGCAACUACAAAACACGGUUGGGCCAAAGUAGAGGAUGGUUUAUUCGACAUACUACCCCCAGAAUUGAGAGCUGUAUUUGAGACCAAGUUCAAUCUGAUAGAGGCCAAGCAACAAGCAUCGGAGGAGGAGUCUACUAAGAUGUCUAGGGAUUGGAACGAAGAAGGGGAGGAGAGGAGAAAAGAGAUGGAACAAGAGUUCCUUCAACAACUAGAGAACGAUGCAGAUUGGGCGACAGGGGAGCAGGCAGUGGAUCAUCAGAUCUGGAAAAACUUUAUCAGGGUGAUGCAUCCGGAAUGGAAUGGAUUGUAA